AUGGGCGCCACGAACAACUCCAUCGCAUCCAAUUUCUUUCUUGGAAUGGCAAAUGUGGUCUACCCUGCAUAUAUCAUUGAGAGAUGGCAUACAGUCCUGUUAGCCUACUGUGUGGCAUUCCUUUCUGCCGGCGUGAAUCUUUGGGUCUCUUACCUGCUGCAUAAGAUCUCCAAGUUCAUCUUGAUCUGGAACGUGCCCUCCUUUGUCAUCAUCACAGUGACUCUGCUCGCCACGACCUCAACGAUCACAAGCAGUCCGUAUCGUUUGUGUUUCAAGACUUCCAAAGACACCGCGGGCCUUGGAACAGCCGUGACGGCGAUCGUUGGCAUCCUGCAGGCGUGUUUCGGCAUGUGCUGCUACGAUGGACCAUCGCACAUGACGGAGGAGAUGAAUUCGGCUACCACAGAGGCCCCCAAGACGAUCAUCCUUGCCGUGUGCCUUGGUACGGUCACUGGGUUUGCUUUCUCUCUCACUCUGUGCUUUUGCAUCGGCGACAUUGCCGCCACUGCACAGAGCAGUACUGGAGUUCCCGUCAUUCAGAUCAUGGACGAUUCCACGGGGAGCAAAGUUGCCACCUGUAUUCUCGCCAGUUUGAUUGCAGUGAUCGUGACCGUCGCUGGAGUCAACAUUCUUGCAGAGGGAUCUCGGUCCACUUUUGCUUUUGCUCGUGACCACGGGCUGCCCUUUUCUCCCACUUGCAGCAAGGUGGAGAGAAAGAGCCAGGUCCCCGUGAACGCCGUCUUCCUUACCUUGGCAGUUCAACUGGCUCUGGGCGCCAUCGAGUUUGGCACUGUCACUGGCUUGCCGACGGUCGUCUCAAUUUCGACGGCGGGCUUCUGGAAGUACCACCUCUUCUUUCUUUGUCCUGCAAAUCCCUAUCCAUCUAUCCGCUAUGGCUGA